AUGGAAUCGUGGUGCAAAGAUAGGAGUCCAUACCCUAACAAUGUUAAUAGAUUCAAUCCUACCAGCUCUAUCAGUGAUGAUGGGAUGUGGAAAGAGGUCCCAGUGCCUAGUCGUCUCUAUUCGCGCCCUUCGUCAGAACGCCCACUUGCAGGUGUUCGGGUGUCCUUGAAAGAUAUAUUCCAUCUCAAAGGAUCCAAGACUACUAUGAUGAGUCGUGCAUACACAGCACUAUACCCAGCGCAAGAGAAAAGCGCAUCGUAUGCUCAGAAGCUGAUUGACCUGGGGGCCAUAAUUGUUGGAAAGACGAAGAUGACUCAAUUUGCUUCCUCCGAUGAGCCUACAGAUCAGUGGAUUGACUUUCAUUGCCCAGUAAACCCCCGUGGCGAUGAAUACCAAAGCCCGUCUGGAAGUUCUUCCGGUGCAGCCGCAGCAUUGGCAGGGUACUCGUGGUUGGAUUCUUCUGUCGGAGGUGACUCUGCUGGUAGUAUUCGAGCACCUGCAACCUGUAAUGGGCUCUUUUCUAUCAGGCCGUCUACCGAAUCCACUUCUAUGGAUGAUAUUGUUGUCAAUUCUCCCCAUUUCGAUGUGGUUGGAUUGUUCGGCCGCAGCCUAUCGGACCUUCAUCAUAUUGCCUCUCGUACUCUGAAUCUUAGCGAUGGCUCGACCUCAUUCCCAACGAAGAUCAUCUAUCCGCUUGACUUUUCCCCCCAUAGCAACCCUCAGCAUCAGGCGAUGGUAGAGGAAUUCGUUGGGGUCCUCGAGAGCUUCUUGGGCACUAAGAGAGUUGAGAUUAGCCUCGCGGACAGAUGGGAAGCAUGUCCCCCAUUGGAGGCGAAUGGCAAGCCACUGAAAGAAUACCUGGCGAAGGCUGGAGCUCACAAUCAUCUACAUAGAGUGCAUUCUGGUCUAUGUGCUAUGACUACUACCAUGGAUUUGACGACUUUCGAUCCGAGUACAAAACAAAAUUUGGAACAAUCCCUUUCGAAGGUCCAGUUGGGAAUUGGCAAGGAAGUUACUGCGGAAGAGUAUGCCGCAUACCGCCAAGAAUUGAAAGUGUUCCGGACAUGGUUUGUGGACAAUAUCUUCGCCCGGGAUCCAGAUACUCUGUCUGAUGCGAUUAUGAUCAUGCCAUAUGGCUCCGCCAACCCAAAAUAUCGAGAUAGGCCUAAUGGGUUGUUUCCCACUCCUUAA